AUGUUCAAGAAUCGUGGUCAUCUUACCAGGGAGCUCAAACUCCUGAUUCGCCCUCUGACAUGCGCCCGUGAGGAGUGUUUUAUUUGCCGAGACAACCACAGUCGAGAAGCCACCGAGGCUGCGGCCGAAAAGGAUGGGCACUGGAUCUCCACCGACGCGACAACUCUGCUCGCCCAAAGACGCAUGCUGCUGCUGGGCCUGGUAAGACUGGUGGUCGACUACCCCCAGACCCUUGGCCAGCACGAAUUGGCCUACUUUGAUCUGGCCCUGGAGGAUGGUUUCCCUGAAGCCGAUAUUGGGUGCAGGAACAGCGCCACCGGCCACGCAUUAUCCACUUCGAUCGGCGAGAGUACGGGCCCGCCUUCCUUGACCAACCUGACAAUUUUCAACUUCCACCGCCCCUCGAGUCUACCUUCUUCUCAACUAAUGUGUAGAGGCAGUUUCUAA